AUGAACCAGUAGAAACUGAGGCACCAAUUAACACUGAAGAAGAAACCGCAGCACCCGAACAUAUUCCAGAGGAGGAAGAUCAUGAACCAGUUGAAACUGAGGCUCCUAUUACCAUUGAAGAGGGAACAUCAGCACCUGAACACAUUCCAGAAGGUGAACUUCACGAACCAGUGGAAACUGAGGCUCCUAUUACCACUGAAGAAGAAACCGCAGUACCCGAACAUAUUCCAGAGGAGGAAGAUCAUGAACGAGUUGAAACUGAGGCUCCAAUUACUACUGAAGAGGGAACAUCAGCACCUGAGCACAUUCCAGAAGGUGAACUUCAUGAACCAGUAGAAACAGAGGCACCAUUCA